CCAAACACCUCAUCAGCAAUGGCCCGCACCAAGCAAACCGCCCGCAAGUCCACCGGUGGCAAGGCGCCCCGCAAGCAGCUCGCUGCUAAGUCUCAGGCUCGCAAGACCGCCGCUGCGGCGACUGGUGGUGUCAAGAAGCCCCAUCGCUUCCGGCCGGGUACCGUCGCGCUCCGCGAGAUCCGUCGGUACCAGAAGUCGACCGAGCUACUCAUCCGCAAGCUGCCCUUCCAGCGGCUCGUCCGUGAAAUCGCGCAGGACUUCAAGACCGACCUGCGCUUCCAGUCCUCCGCCGUCAUGGCGCUGCAGGAGGCGUCCGAGGCGUACCUCGUCUCGCUCUUCGAGGACACCAACCUCGCUGCGAUCCACGCGAAGCGCGUGACGAUCCAGCCCAAAGACCUUGCCCUCGCCCGGCGGUUGCGCGGCGAGCGCACGUAGGGGGUGUCGAGUGUCGCGAUUCUUGUCUGUGUAUUCUUCUGUACCGGGUGUAUUUGUAUUGUUUAUUAGAUAAUUUCUUCUUUCCUCUCCAUCCUGUUUGCGAGCGAGCUUGAACUGU